AUGUCUUUUAACAGAAGGAACUGGUCUGAUCUCUCCAGCCUGGCCAGGCAGAGGACCCUUGAGGACGAAGAAGAGCAGCAAAGRGAACGUCGUCGAAGGCAUCGAAGCUUGCUGUCCACCWCGUCAGUGGAUGAAGACCCUYCUAGUCCUUCAAAAGAUGUCAGUCYAGCUCCCAGCAGGCCUCAGCCCCAGGUGAAGGCAGUGCCUCCGGAGGAGGUGGAAGAGCACAAGCUCUCGGACGUUCAGAAGACCCAAGAUGGGAGGCGGACAAGGCCCCCAGUGACAAUUCCUGAAAAGCUGAGAGAGAAGAAAGAACAACAGGAGCUGGGGACAGGAGUGAGCAGUGCAGGGUCGCAGCAGCCUGUGGGGCAGGAGAAGGUCCUGGCUGGAAAGCAGGGUCAGGAUGCAGCCAAGGACAGAGAGGCACCAUCAGAAGACCAGCGCUCGGAACCAGCCUCAGAGAGGAAGGUGAUAACAAGAGGACGGCUCCAGGUCAAAGAGAGACAGGCCAUGGGCACCCCGCAGAGGGACCAGAGGAGUGAGGUAGGGGAGCAGCAGCAKCAGGCAGCGCAGGAGCAGAAGGACUCCAGGCUCUGUGAAGUGAAGAUCUUGAAGGGAGGAGGAAACCCCAGCAUAGAGGAGAAGAUGGUCUCAGUGGUGACCUUGCCUCCUGGCAAGCAGCAUCCACCCAGGAAUACUCAAAAGGAAGAAAUGCAGAGGACUCCAACCCAAGAUGAACCUACAGAGAAGUCAGAAGCUUCUCCAGCUCAUGUUACCUAUAGCAGCUCUAUCAGACGAAGCAGCCCAAGAACUGUCUCCUUCCGGGUGAUCUCAAGAAAAGAGAGAGAAGAAAACCAGAGCCCUCUUGCAAGGAGUGCGAGUCUGAGGAUCCCAGGAAGCAGCACCACUAUCGAGGAGAAACUGGAGAAGUACCACUCAGCAGUGCAGCGAUCAGAGGUGGCGAAAUCAUCUCUGACUGUUCAGAGGAACCUCACGCUGUCCUCAGAAGGAGUGGCCAGCAAGCGCAACUUCUUUGAGAUGACCGUUCCUACCAAAGCUGAGCCACUUGCUGUCAGGAAGGACAACCUGAAGAUCCCGGGAUCAGUGACAUCCCGCAUUAAUCUGUGGAUCAGCCGAGCACAGGAGCCCAGCAAGGAGGAAAAGAGCAAGGACGUCAGGAGAGUAAACAGCCUGGUAAAGCGUGAUGUCUGGGUAAAGCAGCCAAGAGACUCCUCUGGGGACACCAAGCUGUAGCAGUAAGAGAUGAGCUGGGAAAAGAUGAUC